AUGUCUAAUCGGAUGAAUGUUUUAGCGGGAAACAAAACCAAUCACCCUUCCGUUCUGGGCGACUGCAGUGCUCGCAAAGGGACCAUGGUCUUGCCGGUAGAUGAGCACCAGGUCAAGGCUUUUAGCAAGGCCCAUGGGAAAUCGACGGAGAAGACCAAGGCUCAAGCUCUGCUCGAAGCGGGACGACACUGGAAGCAACAGGUUGGCCCUGAAAUGGAUUGGAGCGACCGCCGUUUGUCUACGCCCGUUCGACAGAGCAGGGUACAUUGUGGGGAGAUGGCGUUUGUUGGGGAGAAUUGA